UUAACUUAAAAAUCAUUGAAAUUUAAUAAUUUAAUUGUAUAUUUAAUUAAAGUAGUUUAACCACGGUAUGACUUACCUUGUUCCUUCCUCUAUUUCAUGACUACUCAUUCGUCUCUCCUGCAGUAGGAGCAGCAGCAGCAUCAACCACGCAACAAUGGCUACCAAUGAUUCAAACCGGGUCGGAUUAGUAAUAUCCACCACCGAAUCAAUUAGGGUUUUCCUCUCUGGAGCCUCUCAAGACCCUAAUCUCUCCCACCACCUCCGACACACAUCCGCUGAUCUUCUCUCCCAAUCUGAGCUUUCCUACGAGCCUCUCCGCUCUGUCUGGAUGGCCUCUGAUCCAUCCACCCGACCCGAAUUGACCCAACUCUUCUCCGGCACGCGAUUCGUCUUCUCUAGCCCGAAGCCCAGGCAGAAGAGUGAAGAAUUGAAGUCAAGGCUGAAAAAGUUGCAAGACUUGGCUGAAAGGAAAGCUUAUCAAGAGCUAGUGAAGGACAUUGCACCAAAGAAGGAAGUUGAGGAACCAUUCUCUUCUUACAAGGACCAGUUAGGGUUCGGAUUACAUGUGGUUGUUACCAUGUUUACCGGCUAUCUUGUUGGUUAUGCUGCAUUUAGAGCAUUGUUUAAUCACAGUCCUGCCAUGAAUGCUGCUGGAGGAAUUCUUGGGUUAGUGGUGGCCAUGCUUGUUGAGACUUUCCUUUUCAUUAUUAGAAGUUCCAAUCUGGAUGCCAGUAAAACAAGGUCCAGUCAAACACCGAAAUCAGCCUUUUCCGCAUCCAGUCUCAAGAAAAACCAGUAGUGUUGAUCAGCAGGAGGAAAAUAACGCGCUACAAUAGCCUCCCAUAGUCCAGAAAGAAAGCUGGAAAAGUGGAGUGGCCGUUGUCUAGCGGGACUAGACAAAGACAACAAGCUGGCAACCCCAUGAGAGGAACAAGGCUUGGAAAAGAAUCAAAUGAAUGGUGGCGCUGGGGUUCAUGAACAAGAGAUGGGGAUAUUAAGGUUACCUAUAUAGGGGUUCACCACAUGAGGGGCUCUAAAUUGGUGAUAGUCUCUGACCAUAUUGUCGUCGCCUCUGGCUCGCCAGCCACCACUGCCUAGCAUUGCUGUCUCUAGCUCGUCAACCUCCAGGACCGGAGCACCACCACACCGGUUCUGCUUCUGCAAUGCCCUUUUUAGAGGGGCUCCUGUGGCUUUUUGAUUCAUUUAUCUAUUUUCAAUUGUCUAAGGUUAUUAUGGUUGCUUUUGGGUGAAUUUUAUACUUUGUUGUUUGAGGAAUGGAGAAUGAAGACCUGAGUGGAAGUGAGAAAGAGAAAAUCAA